UUGCCAACCUUAGCAAAUGCAAGACGUCCAUUUCAGCUUUUUGUAGUUCUACUUCUCCGAUUUAUGUGGCCAACUGACGUUGUGGCAAUUUGAGUACAUGCACUUUUUGUUUUUUCGGUCAUCACAUCACACCUGGUUCCUAUUUGGCAACGCUGACCAAAUUUGGUACGUCAGACGUCACGAAAAGGUUAGGUUUGUGUUUUGUUAAUUAAUAGUGUUUUUGUUUUCCACUUGUCUCCGAGCAAUUUCGAUUUACAAGAAAAUGUUGAAACCAAAAGCUUUGACACAAGUGCUGAGUCAGGCUAACACUGGAGGCGUUGAAACUACUUUGCUCCUAAAUACAGAAGGUUCCCUACUAGCAUACAGUGGCUAUGGAGACAAAGAUGCUAGAGUAACAGCUGCCAUAGCGAGUAACAUUUGGAGCGCUUAUGAGAAAAACGGCCGAAAUGCUUUUAGAGAUGAUCACCCACAAAUUAUUCUCAUGGAAUGUCUAGAAGGCAGGAUAGCCAUCACUCAAGUCGCCAAUGUUUUGCUGUGUCUUUAUGCUAAGAAUAAUGUUGGAUUUGGAAUGUUGAAACAAAAAGCUAAUGCUCUUGCAUUGUAUCUAGAGGGGCCAUUGAAGCAAGUAGCAUCAUCAGACAGAUAGUUUUUAUUAAAUAUAUGUUUAAUUGUGGAUAAAUAUUAUUUUGUGCAUAAUAUAAAUUCCUCUUUAUUUUACACAUGUUCCUUGGUAACUUGGUAUACAUAUAUGUUUAUCUUUAAGCUGUUUUUUGGAAAUUCUUUUCUGUAGUAAACUGUAGAAAAAUUAUAUUUGUGCGAGACCAAUGACAGAAUAUUUCACAAAUUAAAUAUGAUUUAAAAUCAAAAUGAGUUGUUAAAUACUUUUAUAGAAAAUAAAAUAUUUUAUUCCCUUUAUUGGCUACACAUGUAUAUGUCUUACAUAUUUUUUGGCAAGUGAGUUAAAUGCUCUGAUUUGUUACAAAAUCACGAUACCAGAUGCUGCUUGACUUUGUUGGUUAAAUGAAAAACAAAUUAGAGGUAAAAAAUCAUUUAUUUCAAAUAAAAAAAACAAAUAAUUUAUUAGUACAUAAGUAAAAACAUUAAAGUAUCAGUUGUGAAGACAUAUUUUGAGUUUCAGUGAAAUAUCAAAUAAAUAUCAUCUCAACUAUUCGACAGUUAUCUUUCCUAAAUUUCAAUAUAACUAUGAAAAUCAACUGCUUUGCCAGCAUGUAUAUCUGAGAUCUGAUACACAGAGUCUUCCAGAAAUGAUACAAUAAAUUAACAAAGUGCAUACCUUGUAGGGAUUUUUUAGAUGAUAUACAUUCUGGUAAACCCUGUAUUACUGGU